AUGUUCCUCUUCUAUCGUCCACCGUCCGCUCCGGACGAGAUCUAUUCGUCUAGCCUUGCGACGCUUCACGAGGGACACGCCCUCUGGUACCCAGAGCCACACGAGUCGGGGGAGCUGCAGAUCGGGGAUGUCGGUUUCAUGAGCAGAGGCGCAUUCAUCAGAUUAUUCAACCUCGACACCUCUGCGCCCGAGAAGAAAGUCACGUUCUGGCCGACGCCAUUCGAGGACAUAGAGCCUCUCCCCCCGCAUGUACUCCAGAUCGAUCGCAGGCGUCGCCCGCUUCUCCCCACACACUAUCGUAGCCAUGGAGUUGAGAGCAGGCAGAUACAUGCUUCGGCAGACGUGUCGGCGGGUACUAACGUAUCGGUGGGUCUGAGCACCGAAUACACGUGCAAAGCAGCGCAAGGCGCAGUGCUCGCGCUGAAGAGCCAGGCGUACGCCGAAUCGAUAUUCGAGAACUUGGUCCUAAAGAAGUAUAUCAUGAGGAAUCACGACAAAUGGUAUGCGUACGUCAAGGGCGUCCUUGGACAGGACAUCAAGCCGGAGGACAUUGUCGUGGUCCGCGGUUGGGUCAAGACCGAGGCCGACUGGGCGGCGGCUGCCUUCAGUAACACGAGCACGAGUUCCAGUGUCUCGCUCGAAGGCCAGGUCGGUGGUGUCGCGGGGCUGGACAUGGGCACAUCAUACACAAGCUCCAUGACUGGCCCAAUGGUACAACGGCAGGGCGAGUACUUGGAGGACACGUCCGUUCCCCAUCCGCCAGAGGCGAAGAGGGACCAGAGCGUCUUCGUGAGGCGGUUCAAGAUGCGGAGGCGGUUUGGAUUCCUGAAGAAGAUCGUCGCGGGUGCAGGCUACCAUCGGCUUCCGGAUCCAGGAGAUGCGAGAGGUGGUUCUGGAGGAGGAGGGAUCAUGGCACAGGGGGUUGGAGGUGUCGAUGAAGCGAGCGAGCCGGAGUUCGAAGGCGAGAGCACGGUCUAUGAUCCACUGGACAUCCUUAUUGACUACAUCUUCGAGGUACGCCCAACUAGCUGCUUGGUUCAUCAUGUCUCAAUGCUUAGAUACUCGUGGUGA